UACAUGAAGGACCAGAUCGUGGUGAAUGACAUCACCCUGCUGCAGCUGGACAGGCCUGUGGAGUAUAACCCUCAUGUCAUCCCGGCCUGCAUACCGAGUCCCAACCUGAAGGUGGCCCCGAACACUGCAUGCUGGAUAACUGGCUGGGGCUACAUCACCGAAGACGCCUUACUGUCUGCGCCCUUCCGGCUGCAGGAGGCAGAAGUGGUGAUCGUCGAACAAGCCGCAUGUGAAUUCAUUUACCAACCUCCAGUGGGUGUGCAAACUUCGUUUAUCCUCAAAGACAGUAUGAUCUGUGCCGGGCAGUACGCGCGAGAUAAGGCCAUCUGCCGCGGAGACUCUGGCGGCCCCCUGGUCUGCAAGUACGGCGACGCCUGGAACCUGAUCGGCCUGACCAGUUGGAGCACGCCGUGCUCCAAGCCCGUCGGCCCCAGCGUCUUCACCAGGGUCACGAACUUCACCGGUUGGAUCGACGAGCAGAAGCAGGAGAACCCCACGCCCAACCCUACCCUGGCUCCUCCACAGGGCCCCCCUCCGGCCAUACUGUCCUUGACUGCGCACGCCACUCGCACACUUGGGGUCGGCGUGGUCCUGCUGGCUCCUCAGACCUUCCUCCUGCUGCCACUUCUCCUCGGCAGCCUGUGAUGAGCCUGUGGCACCUCCACAAGCACCACUUAAUCAACCCCGUCCCUCGGGGCCAGCCUCCCGCGGAGCUCUG